AUGACUGGCUUUGACCAGUGGAAUAUGGGCAAAUGUGGCAGUCUGCCAGUCCAGAGUGGAGGCUUUAAGAGAGCCAUCCUCUUCCCACCCAGUCCUGGGCAAGGGCCAUGUCUCCUUCCUGCCCCAGAGGCGGGGACAGACCCCUCGCUGCUUCAGCGACUCCCUCGGCGGUCCUGCCCGUACCCCCGAGCCUCCCCUCUCCCGCCUCCUCCCCGCCGACCCGGUGCGGACACCUCGGCCCGCAGCCCCCGAGGCUGCAAGGCUGGGCAGAGGCAGCGACAGGGACCGGAUGAGGACAGCGACGGGGUCCGGUUUGGAAGGCAGCGACGAGAACAAAAGCAGGGACGCAAUCAAGGCAGAAACCGGGCAGGGCCGGAGCGGUGGCCCUUCUCCUCUCCCCACCCCGCCCGCGCCCCAGCCCGCAGCCCCCCGGGCCUGGCCCCGCUCGCGGCCUCGGGGAGGCUCGGGCGGCGCCCCCGCGGGACCCACCUGAUCCGCAGAACUGGGCGCGCUUGGCGAUGGACCACGCCUCGGCUCCCGGCUGCGGGGGCGCCCUCGGCUGUCCGAACAGCGGCCGGGCCGCCUCCGCCCGAGCCCGGCGGGUGUGCCGCCUGCGCUCCGGCCAGACGCCCGGCGCUCUCCUCCGAGGCAGCGGGCGGCGCGCAACGGGCCGGGGCGCGAAGGAGCGGGGAGCUCUCGGCAGCGAGCGGCGCACUCCCCGCUCGGCACCGCCCGAGGCUAUUUAUGCAAAGCGGGUCCCGCCCCGGACACAGACAGCGGAGCCGCCGACCACGCCAGGGCUCCUUUGCCGGUGAUGAUAAAAAAAAGAAACAAUGACUGACAGUGGCUCAAGUGAUGGUACUCAUCAUGAUCAAAAUCAAAUAUGAUGACACAGGAAACAUAAAACAUGUAAAGACAUUACUCUGCUCCCGUUAAACCUGAUGUCAUGGUCUUGAUUUCAGCAACACAUGGUCAGUCACAUUAGUUUGAUGUUGCUAAUUUGGAUUUUAUUGGUUUUGUGGUUAUGUUUGUAUUAGAAGAUGUGUUUUGGUUUUAUGGUUUGUUUAUAGAACUGUGAGUGACAGGACUUCAUGUUUAAUUUUAGGUUUAUAGUUCAGUAACAAUAAA